UCUGCACAUGCUCCGUGUGCCCGCCCGGGCCGCUCGCCGCCCGCGCCCAGCCUCUCCCGCUCGCUGCAGACAUGGCCUCUUUCAGCAUCGCAGACAGGCUUCCAGGGGCAUCUUCUUCAGAGAGCCCAUACAGAAUAUAAUGUUUCCAUCAGGCUCUUGCCUUGGCAACAACCUGCAGCCGUAAAGCGAGUUUAAUCCUCUGAGAGGAAGACUGGUGACAGCUGUCGUUUCACUGUGUACUGUAAUAUAUGAGAUUCUGUCCUGAAAACCUGGAGGUGGCAUUUGUCUGGUCUGGUUGUAAAUAAUGAGAUAGAUCACAAUGGAUUUCAGUUCCUCAUCUGUGUUUGACCAGCACAAAGCUCAUAUAAUCAUGGUAUCUCCAGAAGUUUGACAGUACAGAUAAGUCACCAGUCAUUUAAUCUGUCUUUCCUUUGAUCAACUCUCUAAUGUGAUUUAGGCAUUUUCUCCAGCUAACAAGGAAUUAUCAACACAAACCAUUGGUGCCAGAAGUUUACUCUCCCGAGAAGAGAAUUCCUUUGGACAUUGCAGGGAAGUGAAAAGCCUGUCUUCUGACUGGUACAAGGAUAACACUGAAAUUGAAAACACCUGAGUCCUGAUUUCAUCCUAUCUCAUAAAAAUGCAGCCAGCAAUAUUACGAGCUAGUUUAGUUAUUAUAUUUUUUCUCAAGUCAUGUUACAUUAGUAUGAUUUCUUACAAGAAGUGGAAACUUUCCAGAAUUUUUCUUAAGUCCAUUCAGUAUCUAUGUUUGAAAGUUUUUGGAAGAAGUUAUGAUGAAAAACAAUUUUCAGAUGACUAAGAAAAACCAAGUGCUGUUUAGAUACACUUUGUUCCACCCCAAGUUAGGCAGUCAUUAAAACUCAGUGAGACAAGUGUCAUUAUUUUGGCUGUUUAUCAUUUGUACCUGUUCUCUGUUUGCUCACGGAUGUGCUCCUUGUCUGCAGCUGAUGCAGCAGAAGAAAUAGACUUGGCUGUGGUUUACCAAGCAGCAGCUAACGGCGAUGUGAACACCCUGACUGCAGUGAUCCGAGAGGAUCCUUCCAUCCUGGAGUCUUGUGACAGAGAGGGUUGCACACCUUUGAUGCAUGCUGUGUCAGGACGCCAGGUUGACACAGUGAAGCUUCUGUUGAAGAUGGGAGCUAAUAUUAAUACUCAAGAUGCUUGUGGACGUACCAGUUUAUCUCUGGCAACUUACUUGGGCUGGCUGGAAGGCUGUGUCAGCCUGCUCAGGAAUGGUGCUAAGCAGAACAUACCUGACAAGAACGGGAGGUUGCCACUACACGCUGCCACUGCAGAGCCUGACGUGAGGCUUCUGAGCUUGCUUCUGCAGCAGUCAAAUCUUAGUGAAAUUAAUCACCAGGACAAUGAGGGAAUGACUUCACUCCACUGGGCUGCAUUUCACAACAGACCCCAGCACACCCAGACUCUGCUGCACAAGGGAGCAGACCUGACUCUGGUGGACAAGGACUUCAAAACAGCUCUGCACUGGGCAGUACAGAGUGGCAACAGGAUUCUGUGUUCCAUCAUUCUGGACCACUGGCAGGGACCAUCAAUAAUAAAUUAUGAUGAUGAGAAUGGCAAAACAUGCAUGCAUAUUGCUGCUGCUGCAGGCUACAGUGAUAUCAUCAGUGAGCUGGCUAAAGUCCCAAAGUGCAACCUGCAGGCUCUUGAUGUGGAUGACAGGACUCCGCUGCACUGGGCUGCAGCAGCAGGGAAAGCUGACUGUGUGCAGACACUGCUAGAACUGGGGAUAGACAGCAACCCCCGAGACAUCAAUGAAAACACUCCUCUGGCAUACGCAAUAUACUGUGGGCACACGGCAUGUGUCAAGCUGCUGACUCAGGAGGGCAGUAGAUAUGAGUUAGUUCAGCAGUUUCACUUCCAGAACAACAGACUUACAAAGAAAGAAGGGCGAUUCAGUAUGCUGAACCAGAUCUUCUCUUGCAAAAAGAAGAAAGAUGAUCAGAAAACCAAUCAGGAGGAGAGAAGCAGAGAUCAAGAUCCUGGAGAAGAGACCUCAGAAGUAGAUGAUAUCGUCACCCGUUUUGAUUGCAUUAUGAAUAAAAAUUGUAAAGACAUUCCAGAUGAGUGUAAGACCACCCCUGACUUUAAAAGAAAGAGUACAGAUUCUAAGUACCUCAUAGCAGAAAAGAAGCAAUCAGUAUGUCUGGGGCUCCCACCCAUCACCACCCAGAGCUUCCCCCUAAUCACUGCAGGCAAUUCCUUUCUAACUGCUUCCCAGAGCAAAAUGUCAUGCUCCUACUCCAGCUCCAGUACCCACCACGUUCCACCCAAAUCUCGAAAGAGUAGGAGUGAGCACAACUUGCUGGACAACACAGACAGCUGCCAGGCUUUGCUGGAGGAUCCCUGGAACACAGACUCUAACCAAAGGCUCUCUUACAAAAUCUGUACUAGGACUUCUUCAGACAAAUUGAUGAAUGGCUUAAGCUCUGAUAGAUCUCACCAUGUGCUUUUGUGCCCUCCCUGCCUUCCCUCACUUCCCAGUUCUCCAUCAGGUAGAAGUUUUCGACAAAUGUCCAUAGACCAACACAAAAUGAAAAAUGUUAUUCCUGUACAGAACAACCUAGCUCCAAUACCCAACCACAGUGCUCACAAAAUUCAGCUACCGUCUCAGGAUGCUAAGAAGUUUAAGUCCCUACGGACUGGUGCAGUUAUUCUCCCACCAGCUCCAAUAUCCAGAUCUCUAAAAACAGGACAUUCUCAGAGUCAGAUCCUCUAUUCUCUCUUGCCUGGUCUGUCAGGAGAGCAUCUAAAACCAAGCUGUGUCCUACCUGCUAUCCCAAACCAGAAGAAAUCUAAUGCUGAAAAGGAGCUUGAGAAAUCAUUCACCAAACCAGAUGCUGAAAAUUAAUUAAUUACAGUGGCUUAAAUUAGUUGAAAUUUGUCGAAGUGGUUGUUAAAAUAUAACUUUACAGUUAAAUCUCAUUAAUUUGCACUAACAAUACUGUUGUGAUCUGGAGCAUAACAAAAACCAAGAUAAGAUGGCACAGAACAAAAUCUGCACUGUGUAUGUAUAUAUAUGCAUUUGCAUUAUAGUUUUCAUUUAUGAUGAAAUUACUAAACCAGCAUUUAAUGUGCAGUACAUUUAUUAUGUGAAUGGAACCCUCAUAACAUGAUUUUGUUGCAGCAAUGUGGUGUUAAGCCUUUCAUAGAACAAAAGAACAAAGAGGGAGGUUUUCUGCAUGAUAUGAAGUUGGAACUAUGGCAACAAAUUGACAGGGCUUCUCUGUAGUUUGUUAAUGCAAAGGUGCUGAUUCUGAUGCUGUGUGCCAUAAAAAAAAAUCUUUUUAAGAUUGAGAAAAUAAACUCAAAAGGCAGCUUUA